AUGUACUUCCUGGUUAAAAGCAUUAGUGCUGAACUACUAUUCACACCGAGGAUUUCCUCUGAAUUAAAAUAGAUGCUGCUUUUUAGACAGUGAAGUUUUUUUUCCGCCUUGUAUGUUUAAUUAUGUCAGGAAGAAAAAGAAGGAUGGUAGAAGUGAGUAGAGCAGCUGAGCCGGCUGAAAACAGCCAGAAAAAACGAUCGGAUUUAACGCUGAAGAAGCCCAUUCAGUGUGAAAGUCAUGAGACAGAGCGAAGUCCUUAUUUCCCCCCUAAAUGUGACCUGCAGCUGAGACUGGGGGAGGACUUUUUCAACCAACCAUGCAUCAAUUUGGCUCAAGCGUUCCUCGGCAAGGUAAUGCUGCCUGCUACUAGCUUAAUGUUGAAUAUAUUGAAGGAUGAAAAGGCAUUUGGUGUCAUUUUUCUUUUAUUUUUAACUGUGCAAUGUCCAAAGGGAGUCCAAAGGGUAUAAUGCAACAAAAUAACUGAAAUUAGGUAAUCAUAAACAAAAAAAAAUUCUUACAUAUACAUAUAGGUUCAGAAAAAGAAAAGCUUCGUCCAUCAUGAAAAUUGCAGCUGACUAAUUUAUUUGCAAACAUACAAUUUGAGCGCUUUCCUGUUCCUGCAGGUGUUGGUGCGCACCUGUGCAGAUGGUACCGAGCUGCGGGGGAGGAUAGUGGAAACGGAGGCAUACCUUGGAGGGGAGGACAAAGCCUCACACUCAGCUGGAGGAAAACGCACCGAAAGGAACACAGCCAUGUUUAUGAAGCCUGGCACAAUCUACGUGUAUCCAAUCUAUGGCAUGUACCUCUGUAUGAAUGUGUCCAGUGAAGGUAAGAACACACUAAAACAGUGGUUCUCAACUGGUCUCACUUUUGGACCCACAUUUUCCCAUGGUCCUUAAGUCACAAUCCACUUUUAUAAAAUUCAAACCAAGCAAAUGUCUUUUUAAAAUAAACUUUAAAAUAACCAUAAUUUAUAAAUGGUAAAUAUAUAUUUUAUUAAUGUUUAACCAUCAUUUAAAAACAGCAUAUAGACCAAUUAUAAAAUGGCAAAUAGAUAGUUUAUUAAUGUACGUUAAUAAUUACUUUACCAUUAACAAGCAAUGAAAUUAUGAUUAAUAAUUUUCAAUAAUCAUCAAUGGACUACUUAUUAAAGGUUUAUAUAGGGUUUAAAUAUUGGUUGUAAAACAGCAUGAUUAAAAUGUGUGUCAGUAGCACUUUGUAAAUGGUUAUUUUUUGUUUUUUUAACCAUCUAUAAAUAUUACUUAGAUGGUUAUUGUAAAGUUAGGGUUAGGUUUUUAAAAGUUAUAAUUUAUUAAUGGUCUAUAUGUUAUUUAUAAAUGAUGAUUAAACAUUAAUAAACUAUCUGCUUACGAUUUAUAAAUGGUUGUUUUACCAUUUAUAAGUUAUGGUUAUUGUAAAGUGUUACCUGUUGCAGAGCACAUGAACUGAAGACAACAACUACUUAAGUUGCAUAUACAGAAAAUAUCAAACUGCACAAAAUGAAGACCAACAAAAUGAAAAAUUUGACUUAUAUGCAUCUCUGCAUUCAGAGCAUAUUCAGAAGAACCUGAGGAGGACCAUGCAACAGCAUGGACAAAAGUGAAUAAAUAUCAAAUUGCACAAAAUAAAGACAAAAAGAAGGAACUUUUUAACGCCUGCCUUUUAAAAUAAGCUAUUUUUCAAAAUAAAAGACAUUUCAAACAUCAGAUGCGCAUGAAAUAUUUAUAUUUUUGACCAGCGACCCAUCCAGAACAUGGCCGCGACCCACUUUUGGGUCAGGACCCACCAGUUGAGAACCACUGCACUAAAACAUAAGCUGUGCUCUUGUACUGCUGCAUGCUAACAGAAAUGUUUUAAAAGAAGUGGAUUCAUGAGCUAUCCUCCAACUGUGUAAUAUCAAAUUAAUCUAGUGGUGUUUCCCAUGAUCAAGGAGACAGAAUGGAGUCUUGCUGACUAAUACACAUGGUGUGCUGUAUUUCUCAGGGGAGGGUGCUGCCGUGCUGCUGCGUUCCUUGGAGCCCCUGCAGGGUCAGCCCAUCAUGAGGCAGCUGAGGGCGGCCAGACGCAAAGAGGGAGCCCCUAAAUUAAAGGAAAAAGAGCUCUGUAACGGGCCUUCAAAGCUGUGCCAGGCUAUGAACAUACCCCGCUGUUUUGACCGACGAGAUCUUGCCUCAGACCCAGAGGUAUGGCUGGAGAGGGACCCAAACACUGAUCCAGAAGAAAACUAUGAUAUAGUAGCAGCACCACGCAUUGGAAUUGAAUCCCAUGGAGAGUGGGCUAAGAAACCAUGGCGGUUUUAUCUUCGUGGCCAUCCUUGUGUUAGUGUUGUGAAUAAAGAGGCAGAGAGAUUGUCUCAGUCUGAAACAGGACAGCACGAUAUUAUAAGGACUUAAAAGGAACAUCAGUCAAACUAUUCUGCCAUCUGAUCCCCUUGUGAACUUAUCCAGCAUCAAACAUGUUUGGCUGAUAUUGGUUUCUCCUCAAAUAUAUGAAAUAACUCUGUAACACUUUUGUAAUUUUGUAAACCCAUGACUACUUUAGCUUAAAUCAAGUAAAAUGUUUAUCAUCUAUUUUGUUAACUCUGUGGACAAUGUGGUUUGUGUCUUUGUGUACGUUUGAUCAUGUGUAGGUAGUGUUUUCUUACCUGCUGUCUUUUAAACACUAAAUGAACCACUCUUAGAGGAUCUUGGAUGUGGAAUUUUAGGGUUGAGGGAAAGACAGGGUUUAACUAGUUAAGGGUUAAAUAGGAUGUUUAGAGGGUUUAAGGCAUGCUUUCAUUAGUGGGUGCAUUAGGAGAGCAUGGACAGAGUUCGCUAAAGACAGUAACAGGAACAUAAGACUAAGCAGCAAAAACAAAUCAGUGGAUCUGGAUGAGGUGGGAUAAUGUUGGUCAGGGGCCAAAAUUUAACAAGCGGAAAUGUUCAUCCCUUUUCCUCUUCUCAUUUAAUUUAGAAAGUAAAGAUAGGUAGAUCAUACACCCCAAUCCUAGCACUACAAAUGUCUGACAUUUUUCUGCAUACUCUUCUUUGUUUCCCCCCCUUCCCUCCUCUCAGGGGGGUAAAGCAAACAGCCUAACUCUGCAGGGGUUAGCUCCCGCCUAAAUAGGCUUCUCAUCCUGACUCUGCCACCCCUAUCACCUACCUGCCUACCUGCAGCUGGCAUAUAUGGAGCCUGAGCCCACUGAACCUGACAACUCCCUAAAUGUUGUAACAUUUAGGGAGUUCAGGGUCCUGCUGGUGGAUAUGAUAGACGGUGGGAGAUGCAUUAAUGAAAGCACAAGCACCUUGUGUUUAUCUGAAAUUCACCCAGCUACAAACUCCUAACAGAAGCUUUGAGUUUAGUCAGAAAAGGACUUAACGCUCCCACUCCAGUUCAUCCAUCGCAAGUGUUUCCUCACAAUAAACAGUCAAACACCCUU